CCUCUUUCAACCUGCGGAGGUUGAAGGCAUCCGUUAAACGGACAUCAGUUCGUGCUAACAACGUCGUGCUAACAGCUAGCUUAGCCAAGACCUGUUGGACUUUACAGCACCACUGACCAAUCUCACCUCUCAAAUGAUGAGCGCGAGAAGCCACAGAUCCUGCACCAAGCGAUGUUGUAGCUGCGCACAAGUGAAAGACGUGCAUGGACGAUUGUCGAGAGUGACAGUAGACAAGACAGCAUGGAUCAAACAUGAGGGUGAAAGGUCAGAUGUGGACUGGCAGCGGGACAAGAGUCCAGAAUUGGUCAAAGGUCCGUGGACCCUGGAGGAGGAUGAGAGGGUGGUGGAGUUGGUGCGCAAGUUUGGAAUGAAGCACUGGUCGCUCAUUGCCAAGCACAUGCGCAGCAGGAACGGGAAGCAGUGCCGCGAGCGCUGGCUCAACCACCUCAACCCCCUGGUGAACAAGAGCAGGUGGACCCCUGAGGAGGACCGCAUAAUUUGCCAGGCCCAAAGGCUGCUGGGAAAUCGCUGGGCCAACAUCUCUAAACUGCUGCCUGGCAGGCCCGACAACGCCAUCAAAAACCGCUGGAACUCCACCCUCAAGAGGAAGAUGCAGAAAGAAAGCGGGCGACUCUGUCUGCGUCACACUGACUCCAGCAACCUCCUCGACACCACCUCCAGCUCUUCCUCAAGCUCUUCCUCCAGUGGCCCCGCCUCCAGCACAGCUACCGCCACCACCACCAAGGAUCAGCUGAUGAGCAGUGAGGUUCUCACCAUGUUGACUGACUGGAGCCCCACCCACAGCAGCGAGCACAAGGAGAGAGCUGCCAUGCUGUCACGCUCAGAGGAUCAGCUGAUGAGCAGCGAGGUGUUCACCAUGUUGACUGACCGCAGCCCCGCCCACAGCGGCGAACACAAGGACAGAGGCGCCAUGCUGUCACGCUCAGAGUUCUUCAGUCGAGGGGGCGUGGAGGACAUGAGGAUGGGGCCUGUCAGCUCCACCCCCACUGAGGAGUUGACCUCUCGUGAUGUGUUCAGGACCACGGAGAUGAGAUUGUUAUUGACGUCAGCUCCCAAGAUGGCCCCGAAGACGGACAGCGUUCAUCAGGAGGAGGUGCACGGGGACAGUCCACUGAGCAGUGUGCAGCCAGUGCAUCGGUGUCUCGGCUGGGUUCUAGACGACGGCGAGCCAGGCUGCUUCCCCAUGGUGGGACAAGAAGUGUGGUGGUGCCUGCAGCCACUCGACACUGCCGAAGAAAACCUUCAAAACAUAAGCAACCCUUUUGAGAGGAACACAGUGGGAGGAGCCAGCGAGUCAUCGUGAAGUUUUCCUGCUUUUAUUUCUUGAAUUUGACAGCUGGAGCUCAGUUUUACCAAGUAAAGACUUGAAUUUUUACAUUGAACAGAAUGUUUAUUGGAAACUCAAAAGGACUUUUAUUGAUUUCUUGUCUUCACUUUAAACUGUUAGACAUUUAUUGAUUGGAAGUGGUCAUUUAUUGAUUGGAAGUGAUCAUUUUAACUUGCAUACUUUUAACUUGAAGGUGAAUAUUUUAAUUUACUCCACAGAAACAUCUUUUAAUGACAAUCUGAAAGAAAAUUAUAAUUCUGUAAUAAAAAAUCAGCAUAUCAUUUAUUAACAUGAACUAUGUUGUAAAAUGAGGGCCAUCUUUGAUUAUUAAUUUUAAACUUCUUUCUUGGUGUUUGUCUCAAAGUGCACUUAAACAUUUGCUGCUGUUUGUUAUGUAUGAU